GUUGAGUUACACGGGAAACGAGAGCGGAUGGGAGGGAGGGAGAGGAGGAUUCAGAUUAACAUCGCCAGAGAGGGUCGGUCGGAGGAGGAGGAGAAAACAGGGAGGACACUGGAUCUUAUUCGAGGACGAAAACGGACAACAACCCAGCGAUUGAAUCUCAGACAAAACUGAAAAUGCAUCAGCAAGAUCAGGCCAUGAACCCUGUCUUAGGAGGCCAGGGGUUGGUAGGGCCACCGGCAACUCUUCAUAUCCAUUCCAACAAUCAGAAGAGAUGUGAGAAGGAUGGCAACUUUAACUUCCUGGGCCAAAACGAUGAUGCCAUUAUGGGCGAUGAAAACCGCAACCAGGUGCGUCCACGAGUUUUGGGCCCACUAGGUCGUGAUUCAUCCAUUUCUUCCAGCCACUAUGGGCCAGGGCCCCUCUCCCCAUUGUCCCGUCUGCCUUGCUGGAGCCCUUUGGAGCCUCUGCCUGAGAUUGAAAGUGGAGACGAUAUGGGCGGCAGAGUGCCCCCGGAUGGCGCAGAGGAAGGUAAAGUGGAUGAAGAGAUGAGGAGAGUGACAGAUGAUGAAAAGGAGCAGGCAAUGGGGGAGAGUGAGAAAGCAGAGGAACUGCUGGAUGAAGAGGAAGAUGGAGUGAUAUACUGGGUGGACAGUGAUGAAGAGUUUGAAUUUAGCUACAGAUCUGAAAGCUCUUCCCCAUUCAGCAUGGAGAGUGGUGACAUAGAGGGUGCAGGGGCCCACAAUUCCAUCUGGGAUCAAAUCUGCCAUGGACGUCCAACAGCAAACAAUGGGAACAUGACCGCAGACCCCCUGAAAGAUGAGAAUCGCAAUGGAGGUAAAAAGGCAGAGCAGCACAAAGAGAGUCUGGAUGGCACCGAUCCAAUUGAAGAUUGUGCAUUGGACUCAGAUUCUUACCCCUGUACCAAGCAGCCAGACCUUAUGGAAGCUGUUUGGACUCUGCAGGAGCGGGAGAGGUUUAAGGCACAGGAGAUGGAGAAGCACCAGGUCCAGCUGACCAUGUACCGUCGCCUGGCCCUCAUCCGCUGGGUUCGCACCUUACAAAACCGGGUCCAGGAGCAACAGAACCGCCUCCAGUCCAGCUUCGAUAUCAUUCUUACACACAGGAAAGAGCUUCUGCGCAUGGGUGCUGCCACUGCCGCCCAAUAACAGAGGAAAACUAAGAAAAGUCAUGAGACAAGCGGAUCACAGAAGCAAAUGACUUAUUGAAGUCAUGUGAAAAGUAAUCUUAGCAUCUCUUUGAUUCUUUUGAAUCAGAUUCCCCCCUUGGUCUCUGAACUGCUGAUCACCUAAUGUUUCGCAAAGUUUUAUCACUGUCAUAUAUGAGGUUAAGCAUUCUCCAAAAAAUCCACCUUGGUUUCCUAACUCUUCCAGACCUGUUUUAACAAUGACAUACAGUAUAUAACAUGUGUGUUUUUGUGUGUAAAAUAAAUAUAAUAAAUAAAAUAUCAAAAAUAAAUUAUAUUUA